CUGGCCGCGGGCUGCGCGCUGGGCCUGCGCCUGGGCCGCGGGCGGGGGGCGGCGGACCGCGGGGCGCUCGCCUGGCUCUGCUACGACGCCCUGGUGCACUUCGUGCUGGAAGGCUCUUUUGUCUACUUGAUGUUAGUAGGAAACAUUGAAGAUUCUGAUGGCUUGAUUGCUUCUCUGUGGAAAGAAUAUGGCAAAGCCGAUGCGAGAUGGCUCUAUUUUGAUCCAACCAUUGUAUCUUUGGAAAUUCUGACUGUUGUCCUAGAUGGAACUCUGGCAUUGUGCCUCAUUUAUGCCAUAGUCAAAGAGAAAUACUAUCGGCAUUUCAUACAGAUCACCCUGUGCGUGUGUGAGUUGUACGGCGGCUGGAUGACCUACUUCCCAGAGUGGCUUGUCGGAAGCCACAACCUCAACACCAACAGUUGGCUCUACCUGUGGGUCUACUUAGUAUUUUUUAAUGGUGUGUGGGUUCUGAUCCCAGGACUGUUACUGUGGCAGUCCUGGGUAGAACUCAAGAAAAUGCAUCACAAAGGAGUACAUUCACAGAAAAAGUUUCAGUGAAUUUUCAAACAUCACAAACACUAUUAUCUUGCUUUAUGAGCCAGAGUGGAUCAGACCCUUUUUGUUUGGCCAAAAUGUGAUACAUUUCAGUCUACAUUCCAGUCUUUCUUUUUAUUUUGUUGUUCCUGAACAACCCAUUUCAAAUUAGUUGUAAAGUGGCAAGUUUUUGUUUUUGUUUUUCAGUUAAAUGGCAAUAUAGGGGAAAGAGAAUAAAUUUUAACUUGUAAUAAUGACACAUAUAACUAUACACUUUUUAUGGCUGGCAUUAAUUGUUCCACACUAAUAAAGCCAAUUGUCAUUGAAUACUA